AACAGGCUUAAGCAGCAGCGCUACAAAGGUGGACGGGCGAUGCUCCACGGCUGGCAAUCGAUAGCUGCUUGCACGUUACCAGCCUCCGCGAUUGAUAACCUGACGGGGAGCGUUGUCGGGGAAGGCGAAUCCCUGCUUGCCGCCUCGUCCGCUAAUCACGAUCAUUGGCGCGCGUAACUCCGCGCUUGGACUCCGCAGUGCUCGUCAACAACACCGAGGACAACAAAGUAACCUGAAGACUAAUCGCGUACCGAACAUUUCACCCCCUCCAGGGCCGCGGCACACCUACUCGUCCAGACUGACACCGAGCCUGAUCCGGCUGUUCCAUCACGCGUUCAAGCCGCAACUUACAUACGUCCCAACGCUCUUGCGCAUCCAACACGUCAUCCAGCCAUGUCAGUCAAGUUCAAGGAAGAGACCGUCACCCAGACCAUUGCGGACACGGCUGCUAGGGGAAAAGAUGUCGCCCAUGAACUGGCUCACGAAGUUGGUGAGGCACUGACGAAGGGUGGAGGACCAAACGGCUAUCUUGCGGCAUACCUCAACCAACUCCAGAAGAGCCCUCUGCGAACCAAAAUGUUGACAUCCGGCACAUUGUCUGGCUUACAAGAGUUGCUCGCUUCGUGGAUCGCACACGACAAGAGCAUGCACGGCCACUACUUCACUUCUCGUGUGCCGAAGAUGGCGCUGUACGGUGCAUUCGUCAGCGCCCCCUUGGGUCACCUCCUCAUCAGCAUCUUGCAGAGAGUGUUUUCUGGCAGGACAAGCCUAAGAGCUAAGGUCUUGCAGAUCCUAGCCAGCAACCUUAUCAUUUCACCCAUUCAGAACAGCAUCUAUCUUGUCUUUAUGGCAAUCAUUGCUGGUGCUCGCACCUUCCAUCAGGUCAGAGCUACCGUCAGGGCCGGUUUCUGGCCGGUAAUGCGCGUCAGCUGGAUCACCUCGCCUAUCUGUCUCGCAUUUGCCCAGCAAUUUCUCCCCGAGCAGACCUGGGUGCCUUUCUUCAACCUGGUCGCCUUCAUCAUUGGCACCUACAUCAACGCGAAGACCAAGAAGAAGCGGCUUGCUGCACUUCGCCGCAAGCAUUAUGGCGAAGGAAGUUCGGGCCGGCCCAGUGGUAGACCUGAGGAUUAUCCGCCACCCCGCCCUAACUACUAAACCAAGUUCCCGUCCUCUUGCUACGAGAUUUGGUUUUUCAUAGAGCUGGCGCAAUAGAGUGGACCGGACUGUUGGGAGCGAAACAUGUCUUCCAUCUGCUCCGGUGGUAGCUAACUUGAUGUUUUUAAGUAGGUGCAUACAAUUCUGACGGAAACUUCUCAAGCUAGCUAGUUUGUGAGCGUUUCUUGUAACCAGGCAACAGCAUGGAUAAACUUGCAACACUCGCAUGGCGUCGAAUGUAUAUAUGACUACGGGGAUCUAUUCCAUUAUACAAAGACUUAUAUACUGCUUCGAUAUUCUUGCAAUGUGAUUUCUCUCUCUCUGGAAGUAUA